AUGAUGCACCCUCAGGUGGCGGGAGUCGUUGUGGCCAGUGGGCUCGACAGCUCGUCGCUCCUCUCCUCGCGUCAGGCGAAACAGGGAAAUCCUCUUGCCCGCCUUCGCACAUUCCAACAGAGCAUCCACCGCUUGCUUACAGAUCCCGCUUUUGAGACCUUGUUCGAUGUCGUCAUCGUGGCAGAGGGCAAGGAACUCCGCGCGCACCAGUGUAUCCUCUCCGCAUGCAGCGAAUAUUUCAAGAGACUUUUCUGCGGCCCGGACACUGCCAAAAGAAUUGAAUUCCAGCAGAGAUGGGUGGUCGUACAACAGCUCGUUCGCUGCAUGUAUGGCGCGGACAUUGAACCCGGCACGGAUCCGGAAAUCAUUCUGGAGGUCCUGGCGGAAGCGAGAAACUUGGAGGUGAACUGCAUCUCGAUCGAGGACUGCGUUUCGCUCAUCGUCGACCAACUGAGUGUGGUGAACUGCGCCCGCGUGCUGACUCACGACGAAGUUGCACACCAUCGCGAGCUGUCAAGACAAGUGUGUUCGUACAUCGUCAAGCGUUUCUCCGAUGUUGUCCGCAAUCCCACGUCUCGGCAGCAGCUUUUGCAGAUGCCGAGAAACCAAAUCGUGUACAUGGUGCGCGAGCUGUGCCGGCGGUGUGACACGAACCGAGAUACAGAUUUGAUUGUGCGCUUCGUCGUCGACUGGUCCCAAUUCGAAACUGCUUGCGACUUGCUGCGCGACUGCAAACUUUGGGACUGGUCCAUCGAACCCGGCGCACUCUCCGUCUUCCGAGACGAAGACCAAAAUGCGCUACAAGCGCCGAGUAUGCCUCAGGCUGUGCAGUGGCGCAUUCCGAAUCUGCGAGUUGCUCUGCGUGAACAGCUGCCGAUGAAGUACGUGGUCGGAACCUACUUCGACUGGUCUGUCAGACUCGAUCACGGCGGCGAAAACAAACUUCGGAUUGUGUACGAGUCUGCUCUGGACCGAAAUCCUGGCCAACCCGCAUGCAUCAAACGCUUUCCGGCUGCUCUCUUCGCUUGGCAGGUGAUUUUCAGGGGAGAAGACGUCUUUAGAGAGCGGCCAGUGUUCAUUUGCUUCCCGGAACACGUUGCCCUCCAUUGGUCAACUACGCUCCCGAUCUCGACAGCGGAUGUGACGGACGGCGACGAGUUGACGAUUUUAGUCACGAUGACUGAAGUUCCGCUGGUGUCGCUCAUCCUCUAUUACUUCUCCAGCGAUUUGAAUCAGACACUGGCGCACGAAGAUAUUCUCAACAGACUGCCCCAUAUCGAGUACCGGUGCUUAUCCUCCUACACACUCUUCCACUCUGCACAGCCUCAGCCCGGGGCACCUGGCCUGUGA